GCUAGCUUAUGCCAUUGAUCAUCUAAAAGGAGAUGCCUUUAAAUGGUGGGUUCAAGAAGUAGAUGAUAGAUGGUUUUACAAGGAGCCAACUAUCAAAACGUGGGGAGCACUUAAGAAAGCCAUGAGGUAUGAGUUUGCACCAGGUUAUACAAGAUCUCAGAUCAAGGAGCAGUACCCAAGGAGGUAUCCAACUCAUGGUUCCCAAGAAGCAAGAGAAGCUGUCCAAAAAGAGGGUCAAGGAAGCUUGCCUCAACAAACCAAAUUUCAGCCAAACCAGGGGCACGCCAUUGUCCAUUGCUUAGACCAGAAAAGUGACAUCCCAAAGGCCAUGGAGAGUAGAAGUGUCAGCCAAAACACUUUGAUCAGAACCAAAGCAAAACCAUUGCUAGAUACUAUGCAAGUAAAGGCUAAGGUAAGUCCUAUACUUGAUAAUUUGGUUUAUGAACCUUCUCCCACUGGUAUGAGUCACUUGUCUUUGUCAAAGAAUGUUAAGACAGGUCCUGAGGUCCAGCAAAAUCCGAACUCCACAUCCUUGUUUGAAUCCAAAGUUCACAAAGAAUUAUUUCCAAGGAACAAGGAGAUUUUAGACCUCAAAGAGGAGGACACACCAAGCCAAGGUAAGCCUUCUGAUUUUAAAAUUCUGAAAGAUCAGACAUGUUUUAAAUGUCAUAAAAUAGGACACCUUGCUGAAGCUUGUCCCAUUAAACAUGUAUUGAAAGAAACAUCACUAGAAACUGAAACUGAAAUUUUUAAAAUAAGUGAUAGUUUUAUUCAAUCUGAUUUGUUGGUUCCAAAUUCUUGUAUAAUGCACUUGUCUUUGUCAAAGGGUAUUGUAUCAGGAAUUAAGGAGCAUGAACAUAAAAGAGAAGACCUAUUCUACCAGCAUGGUAUUGCUAAAGAGGAGGAAGCCAUAAGUGAGGCUGGAAGAAAUGAUUUGUUGCUUAAAGAAGCAAAACCAGUAAUCAAAGGAUACCAGAUGAGAGCUCUAUGCUUACUGAAGUGCCAAGGGCCGAGCCAGACCCUGAGAUCAAUCAAAAUCCACACCACAAGUGGAAACCAAAAUCUGAACAAAGAAUUGUUCAAGUGCCAAAACCUGAGGUAAAUUUCACUAUAGAUCAGAGUGCUAUUAUUAUUUCUAUGAUAAGAUUAAUGCACUUGUCUUGUCCAAGAAAAUGUGAAAUAUUUUCAGGAACCAAGGAGGAGUACACUGCCCAAAAAGAAGAGACACAAUCCAUGAUGUUACAAGAUGCUGAAUCAAUGCCAAUAAAAGUCAGCCAAAUAAAGGGAAGUGUUUCUAAUUUAAAUUCGCCCUUAUUACUUGAUAAAGAAGACAUUAUGCACUUGUCUUUGCCAAGAAAUUUUGAUCCAGGAAUAAAAGAAGUUGAAGAUCAUAACCACCAAAGUCAAAAGUUGCAAAGAAGGCAGCAACCAAAAACAAGAUAUCCAAAGAAGAAAAUCAUUCUUCAACUUAUGGAAGAUAUCAAAGUAAGUCUGGAAAUUUCAAAUUAUUUUUAUCAGUUUCCAAACACAGAUAUAAUGCACUUGCUUUUUGUCCAGAAAGAUGAGAAAUUUUUAGGUUGCAAAGAAGAAAGCUUCAAAGAUAUCCCACCGGAUUAUCUUGUGUUGCUAGAAAGAUCAACUCCAAGAAGGACCAGAAACAUGGCCACUAAUAAUCUGAAGGACCAUCCACUCCAGAAUAGAUACAAUGACCAUAAACAUAGCAGAGGCGUGAUCCUUUCCUUUCUGUCCAAAGAAGAGCCACCAGAUGCACCAUGCAACACCAAACCAAAAUUGUAUCAUCAAGGUAAGGUUCUAAACUCCCAAAAGAGAAUGAAACCUGACUUGCUCUAUUGUGGUGUAUCAGGUUAUCCAGUUUUGAGGUCAAAACCUUCACAAGGGGGAGGGGAUGAUGUGGUCAUCAAACC